AUGGGGAGGAAAACUGGCCUUCACCCACUUGUCUCCCAUUUCAAGGGCCUUCGUCUCUUCUUGCUGCUGAGACGUCCCUUGCUGGACGUGAACACGACAGCUCCCCAGGACCCGGUGCAUCCCUGCUGGACUGCCAUGCUCCACAUCCCGCAGCUUGUCCUGCUGGCCGGUCUCAUCCCCCACGUCCUUGGCUCGUGGGGUGUCACCUACCCCGCAUCCGUGCAGGGCCUGAUGGGCUCCUGUGUGGUCGUGCCCUGCACCUUCAGCUACCCCAGUGACGUCUCGGCCAACACCGGCAUCGUGGCCAUCUGGUACAGGGACUACAAUGGUGACAGGAAGGUGGUCUAUCACUCGGAGUCCCCGGGAGAGGUGGACAGCAGGUUUGGGGGCCGCACCAGGCUCCUGGGGGACCUGGCUGCACACAACUGCACGCUGCUGCUCGCGGAUGCGACGCCCCAGGACAGCGGCAGCUACCGGUUCCGCUUCGAGAUCGUCGAUGGGGACCGCUGGUCGGCCGCGCAGGACGUGCUGCUGGCCGUGGCGGACGCACCGCAGGGCAUCGCGGCGUCCAUGCAGCCCUCCGCGCAGAACAUCCGCGUGGGCGAUGCCGUGUCCUUCGCCUGCGCCGUCAACAGCAGCUACCCGCCCGUCACCGCGUACCGCUGGUACAAGGAUGGCGCGGCUGUGGGCAGCGAGCAGGUCCUGACCCUCCGGCACGUCCGUCGGGAGGACUACGGACGGUACCACUGCGAGGCUGAGAAUGCGGUGGGGUCCAGAGCAGCGCCUGCCCUGACCCUCUUCGUCUUCUCUGCAGAGGUGUCCGUGAGCCCAGCGGCCGAGGUGCGGGAGGGCACCAUGGCCACGCUGUCCUGCGACGUGCCCGGCGGCGAGAGCCGCGAGCUCAACUACACGUGGUACAAGAACAGCGCGUGGCUGCAGGAGGGCCCUGCUCGCACACUCGUGUUCCGCCAUGUGGCCAUCGGCGACGUGGGCUACUACUCGUGCAAGGUGCAGGAUGACUUGGGCAGCGUGACAUCCCCGGCCGUCAGCCUCAGUGUCACCUAUCCCCCCCGGAUCCCCGACAUCGCCCUGUUCCAGGAGGCUCCAGGCGGCCAGCUGGCCAUCGUGCACUGCACCGUGGACAGCCACCCACCGGCCACCUUGUCCCUCUACCACGACGGCAACCUGGUGGCCACGAGCAGCUCGCACGAGGCUCCUGGCCGGCGGCUCAGCAUCGCCCCAGACCGUGCCCGCGUGCAGGCGGAUCCCUCCCCGCGGGUGCUGGAAGGCCAAGCUGUCAACCUGACCUGCCGCGUGAGCAGCGGCUCUGCCGCGCCGCCCAACAUCACCUGGUACCGAAAUGGCCACCCCCUGCCCCAGGCACCAGCCGCCUCCCUGCCGUUCCCGCGAGCGGCCCGCGCCGCCGCCGGCCUCUACCACUGCAAAGCCACCGCGGACGGGGUCAGCCGGAGCUCGGCCCCGCUCGCCCUGGAUGUGAUGUUGGCCAGAGUCCUUGUUGUGCCAUCCACGGAGGUGAUAGAAGGUGACAAUGUCUCCCUGACGUGCGACUUGCUUGGAGAGCCAUCAGAGGACACCAUCUACUCGUGGUUCAAGAACAGCAAGCAAGUCCAGGAGAGCUCAGACAACUUCCUUGCCCUGACCCAUAUCUCCAGCGAGGCCACAGGCUCCUACCACUGCAAAGCCCACAGUAUCACAGAUGCCAGCACCAGCAUCUCCCCAUCCAUCGGUCUGCGUGUCUUCUAUCCACCCCGGCAGCCUGUGCUGACCUCCUUCCUGGAGACAUCCCGGGGGCAGCUGGGCAUCCUGCAGUGCUCCGUGGACAGCAGCCCCCCGGCCGCGCUGGAGCUCUUCAAGGGGGACACGCUGGUGGCUUCCAGCACCCAGCCCCAGCCCGCGAUGGCCUCGCGCCUCGCCGUGGCCUCUUCGCUAAACAGCCUGCGUGUGACCAUCCGUGCCGUGGUGAUGGAGGACGAAGGGGAGUACGUGUGCUGGGCCAGCAAUGCCCACGGCAACGCAAGCACCGCAGGCAACUUCACGGCGGGCACUGCCAGGCUUUGGAUAUCCCCGUCCCCAGAGGUCCGCGAAGGCGACACCGUGAACAUGACGUGCGCGGUGGCCCGUGGUGGCAGCAGCGGGCCGCUCACCUACGCCUGGUUCAAGGACAGCGCCUGGCUGAGCGAUGGCGCUGACCCCCAUCUCAUCUUCCCCCGCGUGACCGCGGCCGACGCCGGCACCUACCACUGCACUAUGCAGAGCCCUGAGGGUGCCCGGAGCUCGGCCCCUCGCGCCCUCGACGUCCUCUACCCCCCGCGGAACGUGCGGCUGCGGGCGCUGGUGGAGGCGGAUGCGGGCGACGCGGCCGUGCUCGCGUGCUCGGCCGAGGGCAGCCCCGCGGCGGAGCUGUUCUCUAUCCUCCUCGCAGCCGUGCGCGUCGUGGUGCGCCCGGCAGCCGAGGUGCCCGAGGGGACCGAGGUGACACUGAGCUGCGAGGCACCCGGCGCCCCUGUGGGGACCCUCUACGCCUGGUACAAGAACACGCGGUGGCUGGCGCAGGGUCCCGGAACCGCGCUCGCCCUGACCCGUAUCUCUCCCGCUGACGCCGGCGCCUACUCCUGUGAGGCCGGCACGGGCACCAGCACCCGCCGCGCGCAGCCCACUGCCCUGCGUGUGCUCUAUGCCCCCCGCGACGUGUCGCUCACGGCGUUCGUGGAGAGCCCAGGUGGGCGGCGCGCCGUGCUGCUCUGCACGGCAGACAGCCACCCGCCUCCCUCUCCCACCUGCUGGCCGUCAGCCGUCCCCGUGGUGGCGGGGCUGCGGGGCGCCCUCGUCUGUGCCGCCGCUGCUGCCUUGGCCGCCACCAAGCUCUGGCCCAGCCUGUCCCUCGCCCGCUUCUUCGGGGUGCGGCGGGACGUGAAGCUUCCCCGUUGCUCCCGCUUUUCCAACGGGUUUUACCCCACUAUAAAAGGCAGUAAAACGGAGCAGGCAGAGGCAGCUGAUGCGGGGACCCGGGGCCCCCCGGAGGACUCCUUGGAGGCCUCGGCGGGCCCGCCAGAUGCCAAAGGGACCAUUCGGGAGAUUGUGCUCCCCAAGGGCCUGGACCUGGACCGGCCCAAGCGCACGCGGACCUCCUUUACGGCGGAGCAGCUCUACCGCCUGGAGCUGGA